AUGAGACAUACAAAAUUAGUCUUUGCAAUUACAAGGAACGCAACUUCCAAGAAGCUGUGUAACUCCAAUGGCUGUUUAAAACAACUCAGCAUCCCAGGAUCAUCUCCAAGCUUGCCAUCCAUAUGGUUGAAUCAUCGUCCUUUUCAUAUUUCUAGUUUCUGUGCUGAAAAUAGGACAGCUCCUCCAAAAACAAACGAAACCGAAAAAACUUUAAAAAAUGAAAAUGAGCUUCGUUCAGAUGUACAGGAAGCAAACAUACCGGACAUGGGUCCUAAUUGGCAAACUUCGUUUUACGGGUUGUCAGCACAGCCUUUUAGCAAGGAGAUUAGUAGUACUCUUACAGCUCCACUUUCACUGGAAGACGUGGAAAUAAAACCAGAUGGAAUCCUUUAUCUACCUGAAAUCAAAUACCGAAGAAUCUUAAACAGUGCUUUUGGCCCCGGCGGAUGGGGACUUGCCCCUCGUGGAAACACCACUGUUACAAGUAAAUCAGUUUCUAGAGAGUAUGCUCUGGUUUGCCAUGGCCGGCUUGUGUCAGUUGCUCGAGGUGAGCAAACUUAUUUUGAUCCUGAAGGAGUUGCUACAGCGUCUGAGGGUUGCAAAUCAAAUGCAUUAAUGAGAUGCUGCAAAGACUUGGGAGUUGCGAGUGAACUAUGGGAUCCGAGAUUUAUUCGUACUUUUAAACGUGAGCGUUGCACGGAAGUAUUUGUCGAAAAUGUCAUGACAAAGAAAAAGCGUAAAUUAUGGCGCAGAAAGGAAGACAGAUUCACUUAUCCUUACAAAGAAUGA